GAGAGGAAGGAAGGGAGGAAGGAAGGAAGAAAGAAGGACGGAAAGAGGAAGGAAGGAAGAAAGAGAGGGAAGAAAGGAAGGAAGAGAGGAAUGGAGAGAGGAAGGAAGGAAGGAAGGAAGGAAGGAAGAGAAGAAGGGUGAGAACGCAAGCCCCGGUAGAGGUCGCUGUGACGGUGAGAGUCUGCAUGAUCAUAUUUUGUGCCCCUGAGCUUUGACUACUGUACAUAGUUCAAGUCCCUUCCCGCCUAUUUUUAGUGCUGGCCCUUGCAACAAUGUCAUGCGUAACUCGACGCCAUCUGCUAAGACGGAGCUUGUUGAAUGUCAGUUGCCAGAAGCUCUGUUAGUCGGCUUCCUGUCCACUCUCCCGCUGAGAGCCCCCAUGGAGUCCGACGGAAAAUCGAGACUUUCCGGGGCCUACAGCCUCCUUGUGCCGGCGUUGGACUCCCUGGACGUGGACGAGGACGAUGGCGAGGUGGUGACUGGCAUUCGGCCCAAGUCAUCUCCUCUACCGCGGAGACGGAGCUCCGUCACUGACGAGGACUCGGAGCCAGACUCCCUGCCGCCUUCUGCCUCCAGAAGGGUGUCCUUUGCAGACGCCAAGGGUCUAAGUUUGGUGCAAGUGAAGGAGUUUGAUUUGUGGGACGUGCCCAAGUUACCAGGAUUCGAGUCCCAAGAAGAUGACAAAGUGCUCACAGAGGACUACUUCCUGUCUCCUCUGACAUUUCACUUCCCAUUGUCUCCUGAGGAUCUGCUGGUGAGGGUCCAGGAGCAGAAAAUAGAGCUGGAGUCCCUCGAGUUGAUCCCGGGAACGAGCACACUGAAAGGGGUUAUCCAUGUCCUCAACUUGUCCUUCCAAAAAGCCGUCUACGUGCGAACCACCUUGGACUGCUGGGCCAGCCACUUUGACCUCCUGACAGAGUACAGCCCCGGAUCCGGCGACCCUCAGAUGGACCGCUUCACCUUUAAGCUCACCUUAGUGCCGCCAUUCCAGGAGCAGGGAUCCCGUGUUGACUUUUGUUUGAGGUACGAGACCCCCAUGGGAACGUUCUGGGCCAACAAUGGCAACAGGAACUAUGUGCUGCUCUGCCAGCAGAGAGUGAAGGAGAGGGAGAACCCCCAGAAGGAGAUGACACAGAAGAAAAGUUGCCUGAAGACCAUCAGCCAAACCUUUGUGGAAAACUCUUGGGAAACGCCAUCGCAGGAAAAUCUCUCAGCAGAUGUGUCAACAACUAGAGAAAAAGACGACUCUGGAAGAGCCGUUCGACUUCCUGAUGCCCGUUCAGAGGAAGAUGGAAAGAAUUUACAGAUGUUGUACUCUGGUUCUACACGGUGUGUUUAUGAAGUGUCGUACCAUGAGGCCGAAAGCCAGCGCAACGGCAGCCAAAGAAAUCGGCGUAAGGCGGCCCGGAUGGCUCGGGUGAGGGACUAUUUUUCUCAAAGAGAGGACAGAGAGGGCACCACCAUAAACGAUCGAGGAGAUGUAUCGCCUCCGGGAGACAGACUAGUCACCAAAGAAGAAAUUCCUUCAGGAGAUCAAGAAAAAGGACAAAAAGAGAACCGAAAACUAAGCGACACAUUUAGUGAUGAGGCACUGAUGGAACAGGACAAGAAAAAAAAGGAACCAGACCCACCGUUGGAUGUCUGCGUGGCUUCAUUGCUAGGAGGAGACAGGAGCAGAGACAAGUCCGAUCCUGAGUCUCCUCCCGCUGAACAUCUGAACGUGUUUGAGGCUGAAAAACAGAGUCAGACGCUCAUAUUUGGAACUGUGGUGGCUCCUCUGUGUUGUCAGAUGUGUGAUAACAGUGACUUGGCAACUCCAAAAGAUACAUCUUCUCGCAUGGAGGAAGAAGACGCUUCAACAAAAAGUGAAGCAAUUCAAGAAAACACCGACAGUGACUCAACACAAGAGCACUUUCACAUCUCGGUGAAUGUUCCAUUUCUAGUGAAGGACACAUUGGAUAGACCUGAGGUACUCGAAGAUGUCCCUGAAAGUCAGGCAUCAGGUGAAAUAAGUGAAAACAAAACUGAUUUACUCGCGUGGGGUUCGCAAACCACUCUACCAACAUGCCCGCCAGUGAGUGAAGCUUCAGGUGAAACGCAGAAAGACAACUUGCUUCUGUCACAUGCUCAGUUAGAUCCCGACCAUGUGGAUCACCAGGCCGGUUCCGAGCCGGCAGAAGAUGCUGAAGCUUCAAACCAGCCCAGAGUUGUUAAUUCCACAGUCGUCACUGGAAAUGAGAACACCUGCACUUCUUGUGUCAGACCCGAGAAGGAAGAGGAUGCAGAAACACCUCAGACAUUUCCAGAAACUCCUGAGGAACCUUGCAACUUCUAUGAAGUUGAGGCUGGAGGUGAAGAUGCUGAAUCGAUCAACCGAUCACACUUGACCAGAAAUCCAAAUGAAGAUACAUUUAGCUACACUGAGAACGUUGAGAUAAAAGAUUGGGAAAUGAUGGUGAAGGAGGAGGAAGGACAGAAAGAUGAUCACCUGAUAGAAGAAACUGAGGCCAUCACAUCUACUGAGGCAGAAGAGCUUGUGCUGUUCCGGACUAAGAUCAAAACUGGAGAAGAGGAGCAUGUGGAGAGUUUUAUGUUUGAAGACUUUGAAGCCACAAAGCUGGAAAAGCAAAGUGGAGAAGUUACAAAGAGACCUUUAGAAAUGCUGCACGAAAGCAAAAUGGAGAUUGAGAUGCUGGAGAAGGUCGAUGAUGAAGAUGAGGUGGAUACAGACAAGCAAGAUGAGGAUCUACAGCAUCCAAAGCACGUUGAUGUGGAAGAGAGCAAACAAGAUGAAAUCCAAGGGUUGGAGUUCAAUCAUAGCAAGAUUGAGGAUGCUCUUCUGAAUCAUCUACAGGAGGAUGAUGGAUCCAGAGAAGAUACAAGAGAAGAACUGAAUCAAGUCCAGAGGUUGGACUUGGAUCAUUUACACAAGAAUGAUGGAUCCAGGGAGGAUACAAGAGAGGAACUAAAUGCAUUCCAGAUGUUGGAGUUCAAUCCUAGCAAGCUGGAGGAUGCACUUCUGAAUCAUCUACAAGAGGAUCAUGGAUCCAGAGGAUAUCCAAGUGAAAAAACAUCUGCGAGGACCCCAGAUGAAACGGAUCUCCAAGAUAAUUGGGAAAAGAUUGCAUCACAACAUGGCGAAGAUAUGAACGAGGAACCCGAGAGCGACCAAACAAGCAAUGAGAGUGACUCCGACGAUGAGGUGGAGCUGUACAUGCACUGCCUGCGGGCGGUCCACACUGGCGCACGGUCCGCCAAAGACCAGCGUGCCGAUGUGGCUUUUAACCCAAAUAAGAGGUCCUCCCUGAGCAGGAACAAGGCGCUGUCCACGCCCAUGCCAUCUAUCAGCGAGGCUGCGGAUGAGGAACAUCUGGACUGCCUUCAGGAGAGCCGUGACAGUGCACAAGCAGCGGAUGUCCACGCUGAGCCACAGUCAAGUGAGCCUCCGAGCACUAUCAGAAAAGCUUCAUGGUGGAGAAAGACUUGUUCCUGUGGUGGCAUAUCCACAACUUUACUGUUUGCCACCUUGUUAGUGGUGUUUGUAGUCACAGCUUACUAUUACGAUUUUCUGGCCUGUUUUGGACUCUACUUGAUUUCUGUGGUUUGGCUCUGGUGCCAAGGAGAGAAACAGCCCAUGAAAGACGAUUCAAGGGGCUGAAUUAAAAGAUGAAACCAUGGUAAAACAUUCACAUCAUCAGUUAAAUGAAGAAAAAAACAUUGACUUAUUUUGUAUUGUGGAUAUUUUAUCUCAAAUUGUGGACACUAUGUCCUGCCAAUUAACAGCCAAGUGUGCCAUCCAUGUGUUUAACCUUCCUCUUGUGUUAGCUUUCUGGUAUUAUGUCUUAGGUUAACAGGUCAGUUUUGACCCAUGUAUUAAAUCAGCUAUAAAAUACACUACAAACAAUAAGUUACCAUCAAAUUUGCUUCUUAUGUUUUGGUUACCUUCUUAGGCUUCCUCAUCCAUGAAAAUGUUGGUUUUAAUACUUUUGGUGUGGGCAUGUAGGCCUUUUUUUGUCACUAUACCCCUCCAUUUCUAUUUCCAAAAAUGGUAAAAUCAACCUCAAAAGAAUCAUAUUAAUACAUUGAAGGUUCUUUUGUUACCUGGCUAUUACUGAGGGCUAUAGAACAUAUCUCUUAAAUCAAUUAGUUUUAUUAAUUUUCUCAUUUUAGUAUUAAUCACUAAAGAAACAUCUAUGGUGUUCGGGUCAAUUUUGACUCAUAUAUAUUAAUGUCAAGAAAAGGUAGAAAAAAUUAUUGUUUUCAGCAACAGAACUUUAGUAUAAGCUGAAAUCAAAAAGCAGAACAGGUCCAGAUCUUGGUUCACUGUACUUCUUGCCAUUCUUUCCAUGAUCCAAAUUGUAAAUGUGAAAUCAGCCAUCAGUCAAAUGAGCGAAUUCACCUCACAUGUCUGGACCUUGUUUUUCUGCUGGUGUACUGGAAAAUCGGUCAAAAUGAGAAUCCCCUGAAGCUUACAUGAUGAGAAGAGGAGCUGGUUGUCAUUGUGUUGGCUAAUUGUACACUUAUGGUUUCGGUUGUGGCUCAAAAUAUUGCUUUAUAGUCAUAUUAUUAUAACCGGGUCUAAACCGACCCUAACAAUACAGUGGUCAUAAUUUCAACCACACCAUUUUAAAAUGUAGUAAAAAUAAUUUUUGGGUUUUAUUUUGUUGAAAUAGAGUUUCCUGACAAAGUCAAAAAGCCUUGAUGCAAUAAACAAAUGUUAUGUGAUUCUUUUUAUGCAUUAAAAUGUAAAACGGGUCGGUGCCGACCCUAACACAAGAGGAGGGUUAAAACAAUAGCAGGAGGUGGUUUUUGAAAAAUAUAUACCUUGACUGGCAAACAAAAGUUAAAUCACAUAUUUUGGAAACAUCUAAAUUCUAAAUUUAGAUUCUAAAAAUCUAAAUUUACUGUAUAUAUAGUCAAACAGAAAAUAUUUCACGCUCCUGAAUAGCACAAUGUGAACAUUUGUCAAAACAUUCAUUGCAAAUUUACAGUGUUGCAACAUAAUUCGGUAUGCACUUUUAGGGGACUGGCAGGCAUGAGUGUAAAAUAUGAGCAGCAAGAUUGGUUGACAGACAUGGUCGUCACCAAGCUAAAAGGUACAUUUAGUUGCUGUAUGCAAGUAAAUGUCCAUAGGUCACUGGGCAUUUGUUGAAUGAUUUUUGGAUACAACUAUUCAAGGUAUCUGUACAUGUCCUCCAAAGUACCACAACCCAUAGGGGGAACCACAAUAACAAAUGUUAUUUACAGUGUGUCUUGUAAUGUCACAAGUUGCUUCAUAAACAGCCAUAAGCACCAUGGUUUUAUGGUUUAACAACAUAACAUUUAUGGUCUUGUUUGUGUCUUCAUGUUGUUGUUGUUACUGUGUGGAUAUGAGGGUAUAUUUGUAAGCAAAUCACAUUAUUUGUCAGUGUUCAUUUAAGCUAUUUUUCUUGUUUGGCAU